UCUGACAAGCAUAGGCGCAAGCGGAUUUCGGAGGAGUACGCUUUUUGUGAGGCUUGUCUUUGUAUGGCGAGAGGCCUACAGCACUCGCUUCGUGCUGCGUGUUUCUGGGAGAAUUUGCCGCCGCCUGAAGGAGUCUGAGACGACGCAAGGCCGCAGUCACCACCAUGCCUAAGAAUAAAGGUAAAGGAGGUAAAAAUCGGCGCAGGGGUAAGAAUGAGAAUGAAUCUGAAAAAAGAGAGUUGGUGUUUAAAGAGGAUGGACAAGAGUAUGCUCAGGUAAUCAAAAUGUUGGGAAAUGGACGAUUAGAAGCAAUGUGUUUUGAUGGUGUAAAGAGGUUAUGUCAUAUUAGAGGGAAACUGAGAAAAAAGGUUUGGAUAAAUACCUCAGACAUUAUAUUGGUUGGUCUACGAGACUAUCAGGAUAACAAGGCUGAUGUAAUUUUAAAAUAUAACGCAGAUGAAGCUAGAAGUCUGAAAGCAUAUGGCGAGCUUCCAGAGCAUGCUAAAAUUAAUGAAACAGAUACAUUUGGCCCUGGAGAUGAUGAUGAAAUACAGUUUGAUGACAUUGGAGAUGAUGAUGAAGACAUUGAUGAUAUCUAAAUUGAAUUUCAACAUUUCAAGUACCAGUCUUUCUGAAGAUUGUUCUACAGUUUUACUUUGACCAUCACCAGUUAAGAAGACUGAAACUUUAACAUGUUAAAAUAGGGUGAUAUAUUUUCAGUGUUUGUUUUAAAGUAUUUAUUAAAUUUGUAUUAAAACUGAAUGUUGAAUUUUCUUAGGUCAAAUAACACACUUUUUUUUUUUUUUUUUAAUGCAAUGAGACUUAAGGAUAAAAGACCACAAUAUUUGCUGUUAAAAACAAAGACCAAAAAAAACCCAGAAGAAAUAAA